GAGGCAUUGGCAUUAAUGAACCGAAAUCUGGAUCUUUUGGAGAAAGCAGUUGUUUUGGCAGCAAAACAGGGUGCACAUAUUAUUGUGACUCCGGAAGAUGGUAUCUAUGGCUGGAAUUUUAACAGGGAAACUAUCUACCCAUACUUGGAGGAUAUCCCAGACCCUCGGGUGAACUGGAUCCCGUGUAUUAAUACCAACAGGUUUGGCUACACCCCAGUGCAAGAAAGACUCAGUUGCCUGGCCCUGGACAACUCUAUCUAUGUUGUAGCAAAUAUUGGGGACAAGAAACCAUGCAAUGCCAGUGACCCUCAGUGUCCCUCCGAUGGUCGUUACCAGUACAACACUGAUGUGGUGUUUGAUUCUCAGGGAAAGCUGGUGGCACGUUACCAUAAGCACAAUCUUUUCAUGGGUGAAAAUCAAUUCAAUGUACCAAAGAAGCCUGAGGUUGUAACUUUUGACACCAUCUUUGGAAGAUUUGGCAUUUUCACGUGCUUUGAUAUACUCUUCCAUGAUCCUGCUGUUUCUCUGGUGAAAGAUUUCCAUGUGGAUACCAUAGUCUUCCCGACAGCAUGGAUGAAUGUUUUGCCACAUUUAUCAGCUAUUGAAUUCCACUCAGCUUGGGCAAUGGGCAUGGGGGUCAAUUUCCUUGCAGCCAAUAUACACUACCCCCACAAGAGAAUGACAGGAAGUGGUAUCUAUGCACCUGACUCUCCAAGAGCAUUUCAUUAUGAUAUGAAGACAAAGGAAGGAAAACUCCUCAUCUCACGACUGGAUUCUUCUUCACGCCAUCCUGUAAUGGUGAAUUGGACUUCUUAUGCCAGUAGUAUAAAAGCAUUCUCAACAGGAAAUCAGGAAUUUAAAAGUACUGCCUUUUUUGAUGAAUUCACCUUUUUGGAGCUCACAGGAGUCACAGGAAAUUACACAGUUUGUCAGAAAGAACUCUGCUGCCAUUUGAGCUACAAGAUGUCUGAGAAGAAACCAGAUGAAGCUUAUGCCCUAGGGGCAUUUGAUGGACUACAUACUGCCGAAGGGAGUUACUACCUACAGGUUUGUACUCUGCUGAAGUGUAAAACACCGAACUUAGGCACUUGUGGUGAUGCAGUUGAAACUGCUUCCACCAGGUUUGAAAUGUUUUCCCUCAGUGGCACUUUUGGAACCCAAUAUGUCUUCCCUGAGGUGUUGCUGAGCGACAGUCAGCUUGCACCUGGAGAAUUUCAGGUGUCAAGUGAUGGACGCUUGUUUAGCGUGAAGCCGCCAUCGGGACCUGUCCUGACCGUGACCCUGUUUGGGAGGGUGUAUGAGAAGGACUCGAUGUUAAAGGCCUCAGCAGACCUGAGGGCACAAGCACCAGGAGUAAUGCUCGGAGUCAUAGCGCUGACUGUGUGCUCAUUCAGUUGGUGAAUGUUUCUGUUUUCCCUUUUUUAUUUUGCAGGAUUUAAAAAAUGAUGGCUAAGAACAGAAGGAUGGGUCUAGGCUAUUGAGAAGAGUGGUCACGGUCUUUUGUACAA